UGCUCGCUACGUGAUCCCCUGGAAAACAACACAACUCUAUCGCUGCUCAUUGGCUUUAAAGGCUCUUCUUCGCUCGCAUGCAGGGACCAUGAAAGGAUGCCAGUGCCACGCUGAACCCACAUGGUUUGACCGUUCCUUUCCUUUCCCCUCCUGUGAGCUUAUCGGUGCAUCUCCCUGACCUCCCCUCCUACCACCUGACAGAACCCGCUCACCCUCCCCUCUGUCCCAAUUAAUGCUGUCACCCCCUCAACAAUGUCACCAUGCAUUAACUGGCUGCAGCCUCUCCUCGCUUUGAUCUCCUCCACUUUGCUCGCACGAGGCCACAACUGUCCGUCCCACUGCUCGUGUCCAGACCACCACACCGUGGACUGCACUGGCAAAGGUCUCACAAGAGUCCCAGACUCCAUUCCUCUGAAUGUCCGUCGUCUGCUGCUCUCCAACAACUGGAUUCCUUGGAUCCCAUCAGACUUCCUGGUCCUCUACAGUGAUCUCGUCUAUCUGGAUCUGAGAAAUAACUCCCUCACCAAAAUGGACCCAGGAACCCUGAGUACAUCCUCCAGAUUAGUCUUCCUGGACCUAGGGAACAAUAACCUGACAGAUAUUCCUUCAGGAACAUUUGGGGAAUCCAGAAGUUUGAUCAAAUUGCGAAUGGGGAACAACCCCUAUCUAACUGUGGUGGGUCAGGAUGCUUUUAUGGGCUUGACUUCCUUGAGGGAGCUGGAUCUGGAGAGAAAUGGCUUCACAGAGCUGGAUGUCAGAGUCCUCGAACCCCUGUCUUCCCUUCAGAUGCUUCGACUCGAGGGGAACCCCUGGCUCUGCAACUGCCACUUUGCCAAGCUUUUUGUGUGGCUGACAGAGAACAGCCACAAGCUGCCUACAGGUAUGGAGGGGAUCGAGUGCGCUCUGCCUCUGCUUGGACGUCGCAUUCCCCUCAGUUUGCUCUCUGAGGACAGUUUCAGGCAGUGCCAUGGUAACCUCACCCUCAAGGACUACCUCAUUGUCAUUUUCUCAGGCAUAUGCGUGUCAGUGGCCGCCAUCGUAGCCAGUUUCUUCCUCGCUUCCACAGUCCACUGUUUCCAGCGACUCAGCAAAGGCAGCAAUGGAGACGAGGAGGACGGGAACCAAUGACGGGGAACGGGGACGUGGGACACUUACAAGUUUUUGCACUGAGCUUUCUGUUCCAAUUUCAGGUAAAGUGUGAGAGGAAGGAGGGAUUAGUAGUG